AUGUCCAAGCCUGUUUCUGAAACUGAAAUCAAGGAGGUUUUUUGGUCUUUAAAGUCCAAUAAAGCCCCUGGCCCGGAUGGGUAUUCCGCUGGUUUUUUUAAGAGCUCUUGGGAUAUUGUUGGUAAGGAUGUCAUUCUAGCUAUUAAGUCUUUCUUUGACUCUAGUAAACUUCUUUCAGAGGUUAACAGUACCAUCAUAGCUCUUAUUCCUAAAGUUCCUAAUCCUACUCAUGUUGGUGACUAUAGACCCAUCUCUUGUUGUAAUACCAUCUACAAAUGCAUUGCCAAGAUCAUAGCUAAUAGAAUUAAAUUGGCCCUUCCUGAUUUGAUUGAUCCUGUGCAGUCUGCGUUUGUCCAAGGUAGAAGGAUCUCGGACAACAUUUUCUUAUCCCAAGAGAUUAUGAGAGGUUACCAUAGGAGUUCCCACUCUCCUAAGUGCGCCAUGAAAGUUGAUAUUAUGAAAGCUUAUGAUACUGUGAGAUGGGACUUUAUCAAUGAUAUCCUCAAAGCUAUGGCUUUCCCUCCUUGUAUGAUUACCUGGAUAAAGGCUUGCAUCACAAGUCCUUCUUUCUCGAUUUGUAUUAAUGGGAGCCUUCAGGGGUAUUUUAAAGGGGCGAGGGGAUUAAGACAAGGGGACGCUAUGUCCCCGUAUCUCUUUGUGUUGGCUAUGGAAAUUCUCGCUAGAAUUUUAGCUGAGAAAUCUAGGAGUCCUUUGUUCAAAUUCCACUGGAGGUGUGAGAAAACUAAAAUUGUCAACCUUUGUUUUGCUGAUGAUUUGAUGAUUUUCAGUAAAGGGGACCCUGGUACUGUUACUCUUAUCAUGCAGGGAUUGGAGGAGUUUAGGGAUUUGUCUGGUCUUACCCCUAAUUCUAGUAAGAGUAAUAUUUUUUUCUCGGGGUGUAGUAGUGCGCUUAAAGAGGAUAUUCUUCAGAUUGCCAAUUUUACUGAGGGCUCCUUCCCGGUGAAAUACCUUGGUGUGCCUCUUAUCACUACCAAGCUUAAAGUGUCUGAUUGUCAUACUCUGGUUGAGAGGAUUACUAAGAGGAUUAAAAGUUGGACCAAUAAACUGCUUUCUUAUGCUGGUAGAGCCCAACUCAUCCAGUCUAUCCUGUUUUCAAUGCAAGAAAAAAAAAAUGAGGGUGGCCUUGGUUUCAAGGACUUAGCAACCUGGAACAAGGCUGCUAUAGCCAAGCAUGUUUGGUACUUGUUUUCUGGGGGGGAUUGUUCCAUGUGGUGCCAAUGGGUCAAGGCUUACUUGCUUAAAGGGAGGAGCUUUUGGGCCGUUAGAACUCCUAGUGAUCCCUCAUGGGUCUGGAGGAAAAACCUGUCUCUCAGGCAUUUAAUCUAUCCUCACAUCAAAUUCGAAAUUGGUAAUGGGGAAAAUGUGUUCCUUUGGCAUGACAAUUGGCACCCGCUUGGUUCGCUGUGGCACAGGUUUGGUCCUAGAAUUCUUUAUGAUACUAAUCUUCCUGAUAGCACCAAGGUUAGCUCUAUAGUCUCUAAUAGUUCCUGGAAGUGGCCUGUUUUGAACUCUUGGGAGAUAAAGGAGUGGAUCUCUUCUACCCCUUUAUCUCUUCUAUCUUCCGUUGGCUCUUCUGAUACUCCGGUAUGGAGUUUGGCUGCUGAUGGUAACUUUUCUAUCCAAUCGGCUUGGGAUUGUUGGAGGGAUAAGGGCCCGAAAGUCACUUGGUCCAAACUUAUCUGGGGUCCCCCUUCAAUCCCUAGGGUUAGUUUUAUUGCUUGGUUAGCCACCAAUGAGAGACUUAAUACUGGUGAUAGACUUAAAACUUGUGGUCUUGUUACCACUCCUUACUGCCCUUUCUGUCAAGAUCCUGAGGAGAAUCAUUCCCAUCUUUUUUUUAGGUGCAUAUUUUCUUCUAGGAUUUGGGGUGGUAUUCUUGCCAAGUGCAAGUCUAAUUGGCCUUCUUUGCCUUGGUUGGAAACUGUUGAUUUUGCUGUUAGAUCCACCAGUGGUACCUCCUUGAAAAUGGUGAUUCUGAAGCUAUCAUUUCUUUGCACUGUCUACCACAUUUGGAUGGAGAGGAAUAGUAGGAUCUUCAAUAAGGCCCUAAAGCCUGAAGAGGUUGUUACUAACUCUAUUAUCCAAAUGGUUAGGGGUAGGCUUCUUUCUAUGGAAAAUGUUAAAAUUUCUGCAGGUGAUAAUUGGCUUUUGGAGGAAUGGGAUCUUCUUCCCAAAAUCAUGCAGCAGCACCAUACUAUUGCAGAUGGCAGGAGAAUGAGUGUUGUGAGGUUACCUACAUUGAGGGUUGAGAGAUGGUUUUUGGAGCUUUCAAAUUAUAGGGAUGGUGAACAGGUUGAUGGGCUUUUGGUUUUGAUUUCCUGUAUAGCUGUGUUAGGUCCUGGGCUGGAAGGAUGCCAAGGUCACUCUCAAACCACCAUCUUUGAUGCCGAGCAUCUCAAGCGUCUUUACCAUUUGUUUGAGCCAUUCAUUCGCUUUCAAAGGCUCUUUAGGAUUGCCCAAAAACUCGUCCAGGUUCGAUCAAAAAAACUGACACUUCAGAAAAAGACGGCCCCGUCUCAGCAACAUGAGCCUGGACUUGAUUCUCAGCUCUAA